UGUGUACGAUUAGACUUUGUAAGACAUCAUGGAGCCAAGUGCACCAGCCGUGCUGCUGGUGGCUUUACUGGGGACAGCAUCAGCUAUCAGCUUUUAUGGAGACAGUGUCAGUUUCAUGCCUGUGAAGAAGAAUAAGGACGGCACAUUUAGGGUGUCCUUCAGUCACAGACAGAACGGCAGGAGCAGCUGCUCAGAUGAGCAGUCCCUCAACUGUGAGAGUGGGGUCUGCACGACGUUUGAUCAGUCACGUGUCCUGCAGACAGACCAGAAUGCCAAAGGUGACAGCACGUGGUGCCAGACUGAGGGAUUCACGACAGCCACUGUCUCAACCAAUGAGAAAUACUUUAAUCUGAGUGGCUCGGGCUGCUGCUGGGCGCCAAAUGUCGGUGGGAGAACAAACUGGACGACUCAUGCUGAGUUGGACUUGGGAACUCGCUCCGACUCACACACUCUCAACGUCUGUCCUGUGACAACAACAGUGUCGUCUCUCAGAGUGCCUCAGAACUGUUUUUCAGUGAUUCGUCUUCUGGCUCAUGAUCCAGACAGCGAUGACGUCAAGUGCACCCUCAGUGCCGGAGCUUCACUUCCCUCAAACUUCAGUCUGGACGUGGCGGAGUGCAUGCUGACAAGUGCAGGUGAAGUCGGUGUUGGCGUCCACAUUUUCGAGCUGAUGCUGGAGGACUUUCCCACCCAAAACAUCACAGUGACCUAUGAUAAUGGAAUGUCGGUGUUUCAUGAGGCUUCGGACAUGAACUCGCCGCCUCUCUGCAAAGUGAAGCUUCAGUUCCUUGUGGAAAUCCUGCCUCCAAUACCACAAUGUGAAAUGGGUCACGUGCAGCCCAUGUUCUUGUCUGGGACUCCAUCACACGGGGAUGUUCUCCAUGCCACUGUGGGGCAGCCAUUCAACCUUCGUGCUCAAGCACAGGCUCAUCACAGCAGCAUAAUGGACUUCCAGGUGAGCGGCCCACAGAACAUGAGCAAAGUGUUCAUAAGUGGUGAACACGGAACAGCUGAUCUUACUGUGACGUGGACUCCACAAAAGCAAGACCUGUACGGCUCGAUUCCCUUCUGCUUCACCGCAGAGACGCCAGAAACCCAGUCAGAAAUGAGGUGUGUUGUUGUCUUGGUGACCCAAGCCUCCAUCCUUCAAGGCAAGGCCAUAGUUGAAUGUUCGCCCAACAAGAUGAUGGUGACCCUGGACAAAGCGUCUAUGCCUGGGAUUGACGACAAGUUCCUGAAGCUGAAUGACCCAUCGUGCUCUCUCACCGCCAAUGACACACACAUCAUGGGCAGCAUGUCGUUCAGCACCUGCGGCACAAAGCUUGAGGACAUUGGUGACUUCAUCGCAUUCACAAAUGAGAUCAACUCCUUUGAGCUGCCGAAUGAGAUUAUAACCCGUAGGAAGACGGUGAAGAUCGGCUUCUCCUGCCAGUUUCCCAAAACCAUCAGCGUCUCCAACUACUACAAUCUGCACAAGUCUGACUACAUUUUCACUGAGUCCAGCUUCGGGAGCUUUGUCUACACCUUUGACAUAUUUAAAGAUGCCAACUUUACAGAUAGGGUUGAGGCCAGCGCCUACCCAGUCGAGGUGAAGUUGCUGGAGACAGUCUAUAUGGGCAUUCAAGCACAGUCAGAGCUACCAAAUGUGAAGUUAUUUGUGGAAUCGUGCAAAGCUACUCCUGAUGACAACCCUGAAAACACCCGCUCCUAUGACCUCAUCAAGGACGGGUGUAUGAAAGAUGAAACGCUAAAGAUCCACCCAACUAAUGACACUGUGUUCAACUUUGAGAUUCAAGCGUUCAAAUUUACUGGAAUCGAUGAUCAGGUGUACAUCACCUGCUCUGUCAUUAUGUGCGAGUCUGGCAGUCCGUUUUCCAGAUGUGCCGAGGGCUGUCUCCCAACUCCGACCAGACGCAGGCGCAGACGAGGUACGAGCAAGGAGACAGACAGCCACACCAUUUCCCAGGGUCCUUUGCAGUUUGUUGGCCCGUCUGCGCCACACGACAACAGUGUGUUGCAAAGGAGUGACAAGCUUGAACCAGUGAGUCCUCCGCCAGUUCCUGAAAACACCAUGUCCAGGAACUCAGAGGGACAGUGGGGAGGGCAGAUCCUGGGAAGCCACAUCAGCACGAUCGUGUUUGCCAGCGCUUUCAUAGUGUCACUGCUGUUGAUGAUUGUGGCUCUUGUGUACAUCAGAAGGAUGCGAAACCAGGAAGAUCGCAAAGCUCUUAUAGUUUCAGUCUAUGAAAACUAAGCCCAACUCUUCUCUGAAAACUUUCACACACAUUUUGUUCAGUGCGUAGGAUUUAAUGGCGAUUUACUGAAACCCUGUAACCUUGCGUUUAAUAUGCGCAUGUGGAAUAAAAUCUAGUCUAUGGCCUUCAGGUGACAUAAAAACACACAGAAACCCUUUUCUUUUAGCUGGGGACACACCACAAGAUUUUUGACCUGAUUUUAUCACAGUUGGCCAGAGUCUGCACCAGUCAGCACUAUCUGUUAGUGUGUGAGGGGUAAAGACUCCAAUCAUUUUGGAAACAUUUGGGAAAGCACCUGGCCUUGAAAUUGGAUUGUUUACUAUUAAAGUACGUACAUAUCAUGUUACAUGCAGUAAGUGAUUUGUUCUUUUGCUAUGACAACUGUAACCUUAUUAGGAAAUCCCCUUUAGUUCAGCCUGUGUUCCUGGUGUUGAGUCACAGCUAUCGAUAUAAAGAGCUGAUUCUACGGUAAGGAAAACACAUUGAUUCUACUUCAUGUGUAUUCAAAUAAUAUAACAUCCACAUGAAUAUCAACUAUCAACUCAUCGAAAUCCUACACACUGGACCUUGAAAAAAAAUGGGAUCUUUUAUCACUUUGAUACUUUCCUGAACACAGAGUAUAUAUAUUGAUUCUCUACUUCUGAUCAUACUGCCCAUUAAAGUUGGCUUUCUAAUGCACACUGAUCAGAGAUUGUACAUUUUAUGUGGGGAAGUUAAGUACGAAGUGAUUAUAGCGCAUGGUCAGGUGGUGGUAGGGGGGCCUAAGAUGUAUUCCAGGAGUGGCUUUCAUGUCGUAUUCAUUGCUGUCAUUCUCUGUCAGGGAAACAUGUUCUUGAAAAAGCAACCAGACGUUUUUUGAGCUCCUGUGGUUUCCGUUUCUGACUUCACUGUUCCCGUCUGUGGCUAGUUGUAGUGACUUAUAUCAUCUCCACCGAAAACCAAAUUCCACCUUUUCUGGUUGUACAGCAGGAGUGUAAUACUGCUGUCAUCUUCAGUCCAACGUUACACUUGAAUUUGCACUUCUCACAGUACCACAGACUUAGUAUCAAAAUGGACUUGGCCAAUGUAGGAGUACCUAAAACCUGUAUUCUCUUGAAUGUCCAUUAGGGGGCGACUCCACUGGUGACUCCACACCACUUAGUCUAGGAGAAAAGGUUUUGAUGUUUUGAGGAGUUUAUGGACGGUCAAUUGACGGUUUGGGGUCUUCUUCAACACAACAUGUUGAUUUUUAGAUAAUGGUCACAAUUGGAAACUGAAACAUAGACCACAAAGCAGGGAAAGCUUUAGGGUGUGCCUGUGGUUAUGAGCUAGUACCAUCCAAGAGGUGAAUGAUAACUAUCAUCCAUCCAUCUUCUCCACAUGAGGGUCAUUAGGGGUCGCUGGUGCCAAUCCCAGCUGACAUAGGACAAAGUCCAUCACAGGGCCUGAUAACUAUCAUACCUAUUACAGAUCAGUGUACCAAGCAAAAGAAUUUUAAGGUGAAAAACUUCAGAAAUUUCCCACUUUCACAUUUAUGCUUUUAAUCUCAAACAGUUCACCAUCCAUGCCUGUUCUUCCCAGCGACACCGUUUUUGUCUUGUUUUUGUGGAUUUAACACUUUGUAGCCAUUGCGUGACAACAACAGUGACUCUUGUCAUCAAAUCAGCCUGAGACAGAGCACGAGGUAUUUGGCGAGGGCCAGUCAAGGAUUAAAAUGAUGGCUAUGCGUAAAUUCUUUGUUUGUGUGACCAUAAUCUUGUUACUUAUUGUGUGGCGUUAUUCUCCCAUGAUGAAGGCAUGUCUAACUAUUUGGGUGUGACAGAUAUGGAUCCUUUGUCUCGCAUCUCAACAACUUGUGUAAUUGAAACUGAAAAUACAAGUGCAAAUUGCCAUAUCAUUGUUAGCUUAUUAAUAGAGUAUGUCGUGGUGAGAGAAGUAGGGCUAUAUAGCAGAUUUGUAUUCACAAUAAAUGGGGAAAUUGAUAUGAUAUUGCUAUUCACUUGAAGUCUGAAACACAUAAUAAUAAAUCAUCUUGUGUAUGUUU